AUGGAGGAUAUGCACAAAAUCCUUUAUACUGGACCUCAUUCUAUUAGAAACAGGCCAAUUAUUCUCAAACCCUGGACUCCGGAUUUUGACAUAAGCAAGAAAUUUCUAACCGAUAUACCUGUAUGGGUGACUUUUCCCAAAUUACCAAUAAGUUGCUGGGGAAAUGGAGCUUUGAGUAAGAUUGCGAGUGCGAUUGGUAAACCUUUGUUUGCGGAUGAGUGUACAACUAAGCAAACAAGGAUAUCUUAUGCAAGGAUGUUGAUUGAGGUGAAUGUAACUAAAACCCUACCCAUGGAAAUCAAGGUAAUGGAUCCUAGAGGAAGAACAUUUCAACAGACAAUUGAAUAUAAGUGGAAACCAGUCUAUUGCGAUAAAUGCCAAGUUAUUGGGCACAUAUGUCAGAAUCAUCAAGGAGGUAGGGAACAAAGGGUGAUGCAGCCACAAAGGAAAAGGGAGACAAAGAAGGUUACAUAUGAAUGGAGAAUAAAUGGACCUAUAGCACAAGAGGCCAGAACUGACAAGCAGGAUAAUGCAGAAGGGACAUUAGAGGGAAUAACAUAG